AUGAAAUCAUCAUCGUGCAAGUUAACUCGGAGAGAAUGCAAUAUUAAUUGGAUGCUAGCUUGUCCUGAUCCAACCCCAAUCGCAUUUUUUCGAUAUACAUUUCCAGCACAUAAAACUAAAGCGUCUGAUAAUUAUCAGAAAUCACUUGAUCUGGCUUUGAAUACGGCUAACAAUCAGGAAAUAAAAGAUAAGCUCAAAAUAAUGAAAGAAACGGUGGAUGAUGAAAAGAUUCUGCGUGAUUGGGAAUCAUGGAUGCAAGAAAAAACAGCGAUUCUUGUUCGUCGUGAUGUACAUAGUACCAAUCUUAAUCUUCACAAAGAGAUAAACACGUUGUCAUUAAACAAGGACGAAUCAUUGGCAAAAAAUACCAACUUAGAUGGUAUCGAUGAUGACGACAGUUAUAAUAACUUCAUAGAACAUGGAGAAGAAAAUCAACUAACUACUCAUCGAUCGUGGGUUCUCAAAAGUGGUACCAACGUUGGAGACGAGUUAGCAAAAUAUGUUAAGACAAUUCCUGAGGCUCAUAAAUGUUUGAACUUUAAAAAAGAAGUAAAAUUAGUUGAAUCGGACAUACCAGAUGUUGUUGAAUAUUUUUUCGAUGAAGUGGAAAAGGUAUCCAAAAAAAAUGAUGAAUAUAUUAUCAAUGCGAUUGAUGAUUUGACUCCGGAGAUGAUAGAAAAAAAUAGAAAAGUCAAAUUCAGUGAUGAGGAUAAGGAGAUCUUUAAUGGAUUAAGACGUGCCGUUAUUACCUAUGCCGAAAAUUUGAAGGAUCUUGAAGUUCCCAUAUCAGAAGCCGACUUUGACAAUUCAUUUCCAAAUAUCGGGGAAAUUGCUUGUUGGGCUUCUGCCCGUCGAAGAAACAAGGGACGCUCAAUAGUCCUCCAAGCACGCAUAGGCCAAAAGUGCAAUUUUCGGGGUACUUUGAAAAACAGCAUUAAUAACCUUGAAGCCAUUAUUGGCCUUAGAAGUGGUGGUCUCCCUGUUGCACAUCGCAAAAAAAUUCACGAGGAUAGAGUGGAUCUUUCCGUAGCAAUGCGCGAUGUUCUGUAUAAUUUUUUUAAAACAAAUCCCAAUGCAUCUGGAAAUGAGCUUCAUAGUACAUAUGUUCUUGGAAUUCAAUCGUGGGGGUGGAUCCACGAAACUUAUGGCAUGGACUGUAAGGCUACAAAUGUAUUACGCUUAGGAAGACUUUCUCAGAAAAAGAUGCCCAAUACUUUAAAAACGCUUGCAAUUCUUGAAGGCCUUUAUGCUACUAUGUCGGACAUCAAGUCUACGUUGAAAAUAAUUUGUGAUCACACAAAUGGUGUCUCACUUUCUGACUCACGUUUACAUAGAGAACGCAAAAGAAAAAUUCCAGUUUACAGCGAGCAAUCCGGAUUGUUCGGUACACCUUCAUCAAGUCCAAUAAAGAAAGUAAAACGUCAUGCAAUUAUUGUAAUAAAAAUGCAACAUUUGAUAGAUUACAGCACAUCACAUAAUUUUUAUCUAAGUUUUCCAAUCUUUUAUCACAGUGCCGAAAAUUUGAAGGAUCUUGAAGUUCCCAUAUCAGAAGCCGACUUUGACAAUUCAUUUCCAAAUAUCGGGGAAAUUGCUUGUUGGGCUUCUGCCCGUCGAAGAAACAAGGGACGCUCAAUAGUCCUCCAAGCACGCAUAGGCCAAAAGUGCAAUUUUCGGGGUACUUUGAAAAACAGCAUUAAUAACCUUGAAGCCAUUAUUGGCCUUAGAAGUGGUGGUCUCCCUGUUGCACAUCGCAAAAAAAUUCACGAGGAUAGAGUGGAUCUUUCCGUAGCAAUGCGCGAUGUUCUGUAUAAUUUUUUUAAAACAAAUCCCAAUGCAUCUGGAAAUGAGCUUCAUAGUACAUAUGUUCUUGGAAUUCAAUCGUGGGGGUGGAUCCACGAAACUUAUGGCAUGGACUGUAAGGCUACAAAUGUAUUACGCUUAGGAAGACUUUCUCAGAAAAAGAUGCCCAAUACUUUAAAAACGCUUGCAAUUCUUGAAGGCCUUUAUGCUACUAUGUCGGACAUCAAGUCUACGUUGAAAAUAAUUUGUGAUCACACAAAUGGUGUCUCACUUUCUGACUCACGUUUACAUAGAGAACGCAAAAGAAAAAUUCCAGUUUACAGCGAGCAAUCCGGAUUGUUCGGUACACCUUCAUCAAGUCCAAUAAAGAAAGAACGGACUACAAAGUUAAGUCAAACAGAAAACGCAGAGCUCAAGAAUGAAAUUGCAAAAUUAAAACGAGCUGUUAAGAAUAUUGAAAAGCAAAAUCUUCCUGCUUCUCAGGAUCAAGACCUAUCUUUAGUUAAUCAGGAUGCUUCAACAGGAUCUGAAAAAACAAUAACAUCCUUAUCAUUAUGUGAUGCAAAAACUGUGACAAAAUGUCACGAUCUUAACAAUUCUGAUACUACCUCCGAAAUACUUGAAUCAGACAAUCAAAUCGUAGAAGGUUUAAUACAAGAGAUGACCUAUGAUCAAGCAGAAAAUAUU